CUGAUAUCCAAUCUGUCCCGGUAUGUUAUGGGUUGACAUCGCUGGGAGGAAGAACACACCAGUCAUCCGAUCUCGGAAGGCAUUGUAUUGAAUUGCCUUGUGGGACCCAUUUUGGCACAACCUCAAAAGACCGGGUGCCGAAUAACGCCUGUCCUCGGAUCUUUUCGACCGACCACGAUGUUUAGAGGUGCAACUGUCAAGAUAGCCCACAGCUCGACGAUCCCUGUUCCUGCCCUGAUUGGAAAUGAGGAGCUCAGGCCUCUACAAGAUUUGAUUGCAGCAGAGAAGUCGGUAUUGGCUUCACUACAAAGGUUGAGCUCAGACUUUUCCAAAGCUGCUGAUGCCAUGAAGGCAUGGGCAAUUUCUGAAGGAGAUGAUCUUUCUGAUAUAUUGAGUUCAUCCAGAGCACUCCUGGCGCACUUUUCGGGGGCGCUUAACCGCUACAGCUCCAUUCAAACCAUCAUUCGAGACAACAUGAAGGCCGUGCGUACGCGUGAAGAAUCCCUUGACAUCCUUCAACGGCGCCGGCGGCGUACUGCAGCCUCUGUAGAGAGCAUCAGGAAAAAGCUCACCCGAAUGAACCAGGAGACCAAGGCAUUCCAUGCACAGAUGGACGCAUUGAACAUUUCAUGUAAAGCCAUGCGAAAUUUGGAUGCAAAAAUCGCACACGAACAAUCGACGAUCGUCGCUUUCAAACGCAAAUGCACGAAAAACUGGCUGACAUUAAAGUUUGGAGGUCUUGCAGAGUGCUGUGAGAAGGGCGUGAUUAUUGGGGAGAUAGGGAAGCGAAUGGUAGUCGAACUUUCGGAGUCACCCAAACAUCCGUAUUUGGGGCACAAGCACACGACCUCGUUACUGUCCGAGGCCCAGCAUCGCAUCGUUCAAGUCGCAUUUUCUGGGACGCCAUCCAGUCACGAGAUACACGAGGCUCCGCCCCCACCGAUUUCCCAGAUUCUGAAUUGCUUCAAAGAUCUUCCAGAAAUUCGUGACGAGCCCUUUGGCGUGAUAUCCGUCGAUUAUCUCCCUGUCAGCAACCGAUCUUCGCUUGACGAUAAUAUGAUGAUAGCUCCCGUCCAUGUCCUUUCGGAAAUUGGCCCGCCGACGACUUACACACCAGACUAUAGCUGUCAGGCAGAGUCAUCUCUCUCAUGCUCUGAGCUAUCUUCAGCUCCUUCUAGCCGCAGAAGGAUGACAGGGAAUCCUGGCAAUAGGAGGUACUCCGCCUUAGUGCGGAGUAGAUUCUUUCCAGGCUUUAGACUCGAUAGCAUCGCGGAAGGUGAUGAGCCUUUACCUUCCUCAUCUAUGUCCAGUGAUAUCGGAGACCCACGGUCAUGUCUGAACCCGAUCGGCCCGCAUAUAUCAAGUUUAGAAAUCACUUCGUCGUCGAGCGGUGGUAUUUAUGAAGAAAUAUUACCAGGGCAGUGUCCACCUUGUUCAAGUCUAUGAGUUUGUUUGAGUGAAAUGCUAUAUUCCUAAUACGUAUUAUGCUAGUAUGCAAUCUUAUCACAUGGAGAUGUAAGCAGGUCGCCACGAACGCAAUACUGGGCUAUGUACAUGACCGGGGUCAGGAACACUAUAUUGCCGGUCGUACAGUAAAGGGCUGCCCUUCUGAAAGUUGGAGUUGAUUCGGGAUCUGAGCACGUCGCCAAAACGGGACUGGUACCUAAACCUUUACUAUCUAAAUGUUACAUAAAUAGUAUCAUGUGAUUCCA